UAAGUCUGGAUAUAUUGAAGGAGGAGAGGUGGGAUCCAGUAAGUGAAUAUUUAGAUAUAAUGGGAGAAUACAAUUUUGUCUCAUUAUUAAAUGCUGUAAGUAACGAGCGGGGAGCACCAAAUGCCAAAUUCAGCAAGCAUCACCUAAAUAUUGACGGUGGCAAUAACGCCGAAAUAGAAGACUUUCCAUACGUGGCUUCCGUCCAAUAUUGUCCUUUUGCAUGCACACACGUUUGCACUGCUCUUAUCAUUAACGAAAACUGGGUAUUGACCGGCGCCAAUUGCAUUGCGUCCAUUUCAGCACAAAAGGUUGAUGUUGGAGCAUCUGACUUAACCCAAGACGACAAAGUCACCGUUGACAUUGAAGCUGAAUUUAUUCAUCCUGAUGCCCCUUCUGACGGAUUCGGACCAAAUGAUCUUGCUCUACUUAAGUUAUCUCAACCACUGACCUUCAACGACAAAGUUCAGGCAGCAAAAUUGCCCAAGCAAGGCCAAGAAUUCACCGGUAUAGCUAAUGUGACUGGUUUCGGUAACAGUAAAUUCUCUGUCCGCAACGACCUCCGAACAGCCCGUGAUGUAACUCUUAUAUCUAAUGAUGAUUGCACUAAAGCCAUCAACGAAAUUUUCCCAGACGUAUAUUCUAAUGUAGAUGAGAAGAGCAAUUUAUGUACAUUAAGCAAAACAGCAAACUCCUGCGACGGUGAUCUCGGUGGUCCUUUGAGUCAAGACGGAACCGUCAUCGGUGUAGUUACGUGGCACUUAAAGCCAUGCGGUUACCGCGGAAUUCCAACUGUGUACACCAAGCUUUCCAACUUCAUGGACUGGAUCGAAAAAACCAUUACCGAAAAUAAGUAAAUUAUAUAAUUUGUUAAAAAUAUAGAUAUAAUUCAAUAA